AUGGAUGCUGCGCCUGGAAAUAUUGACGCGUUCGAAUUCGCGCCAAAGCUAAAAACCCUCCACUUAACCAACAUGCACGCAGGGGCUGAAGUCUCCUUUCCUGCUCAUAAUCUGGUCUCCUUUCUUGACGGAAGGAAGCUGCCAGAUAAUGUCACGACGAUAAAUUAUUUGGAUAUCGUCGCAUCAGCUCCUAAUAUCCUCUAUUUUUCGUAUCAUCAUCACAGUCCCAUCCCAGAAUCAUCUGGUCCAUAUUCUCGUCACAUUAUAAACUCCUCGCUUCGUACACUCUCGGCAUCUCUCGGAAGUUUUCUUUCCAGCAUUGUAUUACCGGCUUUGAAAGAGAUGACUCUCACAUCGGGAUGUCCCAAUUACCAUACCGUGAGCUCGGAGCCAAUUAUAUGUCCCGAAGAUGCGCUCUCCCACCUACAUGCCUUGAUCAUUCGCUCUCAAUGUUCCCUGACUGUCCUUCGUUUUGUCGAUGCCACAAUGGAUGACAACUUGAUUCCCAUUCUCCAGCUAUCUCCCCAGCUUGUCACACUUGUCUUUGAAUACAACGCAUGGUCCAGUACGCCGGACAACAUCAUGGAGACUUUUGUUCUCAAAAUGUCGGAGAUUACACGUGUGGGGGCUGAAACAUAUCCUGUGCUGCUUCCAUGUUUGAAGGAGCUGGAGUUCUAUGUGGAUGACAUCGAGUUUGAGUCAGUGGACUUUCUCAAUACUGACUUUGUGGACAUGAUUUCUUCACGACUUGUUGUUCAGCAAGGCGGACAAAUUCUUAAAAGUCUCGUUGUUGUGGUCAUUGGAAGAGCUUUUUAUGUACCUUUCCAGCACCAAGGUGGGAUCCAAGCGCUGGAGCGUUUGAGGGACAAUGGUCUUGAUCUUCAUUUGGAUUUAGACGAUUACGAGGACCGUGUUCUGGAAGCCAGCACACGUAUCUGCAAUCCUGAGGAUGAAUGA